UCAUCAUCUGCUUCGAGAUUAUUCUGGUAUCAGCAGGGGAGGCUGCUCCGUAGAAGGUGUUGUGAAUAUCUUCGAGCGUUCUGCAGAUAAGAAAAAAUUAAAACGGCAUACUCCUGGGCUUGGUCUACGCGGACGCUUUUUGUUUGUUUGUUUAAACUAUUAGCUGCAUCCAAAAAUGUACAGUAAUAUGCUGAGAGAUUUUGAUGAGGAUCCAUUCUUUACAGAUACUUUUUCUGUACACCGGGACCAUAUGCAUCAGAUGAUGAGAAGUUUUUCUGAACCCUUUGGAAGGGACCCAUUCCUCAGUAUUAUGGAUGGAAGAGAAAGAUCUCGUAGCCAAAGAAGGUCUCAGGACUCUCAGGUUGCCCUAAGGGACGAUCAUCGGAGUAUGUCUCUUGUGGACCCAUUCCGUGCAGUGGACAACAUAUUUUCAGACAUGAGGAACAGGAUGCUUAAUAUUCAUCAGAACAUUGAUUCCUCUUCUGCCUCUCCUGCUGUACAUUCAUUUGCAUCAUCUUCUGUGAUGACUUACUCAAAAGUAGGAAAUGAACCCCCAAAGGUCUUCCAGGCUACAAGUCAAACACGGUGUGCUCCUGGUGGGCUUAAGGAGACAAGAAAAAGUGUCCGCGAUUCAGAAAGUGGAGUUGAAAAAAUGGCUGUUGGUCACCAUAUUAAAGAUCGAGCUCAUGUUAUUGAAAAGUCACAAAACAGAAAAACAGGAGACCAAGAAGAAAGACAAGAUCUUGUCAAUUUAGAUGAAGAUGAAGCACAGAGUUUUAAUGAACAAUGGGAGAGAGAGAUUUCCAACCUUGUGCCAUCUACAAGCAGAUUACGCCUGAAUGCUGCCCCAAAGCCCAGACAAACUCACCAUGCAGCAGUCUUAAGUAGUGAAGAUGCAGCAAUGAGAGAGAGACACCGCCCAAAAGCUCCAGUUGACAGUAGAAGACCACCAGAAUUGUGUCGGGAAAAUUUUGACGUGAAAGGAGUUCCCAUGAAAGCAAACAAAAAAUAAUUCAGUGCUAAAUUUUGUCUUUAAGACCAAUCCCUUUUCUGUUGUGUUUGACUUACCUUUCUGUUAUUCUGGUCUUUGUUAAAACUUUUUUUUUUCUAUUGAAACUUUUGAUUUUUUAUUUUAUAAAUGCACACAAAUUUUUUAUGAAAGCAAAAUACAUCUAAUCUGCAGUUCACAGACGAGCAUGGGUAAACAUGUCAAAAUGAAAAAAUAUAUAAUUUUCCCUUUGUAAUGUUCUGUCAACAUUUGUUCGAAUUACUGUUGAGCCAGUGCAUCGACUGUCCUUUUCCUCAGCAGCUUUCUUACUUGGUUAUGAAAAUCCAGAAUUUCUCACUUUGUACAGCCAGUGUUUUAACAGAAGUAAAAUUUAUAUUUGCUAAGACAA